GCCGCAAUGCCUUCUCUGCUGGAUUAAAGGCAGCCCGCAGACCAGAACUGCCACUGCACUACUUAAAAUCACAUAGGAGGCUUGUCAAAUUCGACUGAUUGGGGCUCUAAGAAGAAGAAGAACAAAAAGACGUUCCUUAUUACAGCUCGGACUCAUCGGCCGCAACAAAAAUGCAGUUGCCAUUAGACUCCCCGAGGAACAAACUUCAACCCUGAUUUCUAAAACCGAGACUCAGGGCAGCACGUUUUGGAAUUCACUUUAUCAGCAGACAAAAAAGGUCCCAACUGACGUGCUCCUCCAAAGACAGCACCGUGCAGCUCCUUUCAGCAUGAAGGCUUUCGCCUGGACCCUCGGCACGCUCGCCUUCCUGCUGAUGAGCGCUGACUGCUGCUGCGGGGGCCAGCUCAAAAUAUGGAAGACAACUCACCGGAGACCUCCUCGCGCAGCAGAGGGCAAGGAGGAGGUCAGGAAGUGUGCAUACACGUUCCUGGUGCCGGAACAAAAAAUAACAGGGCCCAUCUGUGUCAACACCAAAGGGCAAGACGCAGGCACCAUUAAAGACAUGAUCACCAAGAUGGAUCUCGAGAACCUGAGGGAUGUGCUCUCCCGGCAGAAGCGGGAGAUAGAUGUGCUGCAACUAGUGGUGGAUGUCGACGGAAACAUCGUCAAUGAGGUGAAGCUGCUGAGGAAGGAGAGCCGAAACAUGAACUCCCGGGUGACCCAACUCUACAUGCAACUGCUGCACGAGAUCAUCCGCAAGAGGGACAACUCCCUUGAACUUUCCCAGUUGGAAAACAAAAUCCUCAACGUCACCACCGAAAUGCUCAAGAUGGCAACCAGAUACAGGGAACUAGAGGUGAAAUACGCCUCCUUGACUGAUCUGGUCAAUAACCAGUCCGUGAUGAUCACACUGCUGGAGGAACAGUGCUUGAGACUAUUUUCCCGACAAGACACCCAUGGGUCUCCUCCUCUUGUCCAGGUGGUGCCCCAGCACCUCCCUAACAGCCACCAGUACACUCCUGGUCUGCUGGGGGGGAAUGAGAUACAGAGAGAUCCAGAUUACCCCAGAGACCUACUGUCACCCCCGGACCUGGCGACCGCUCCCACCCAAAGCCCUUUCAAGAUACCACCGGUAACUUUCAUCAAUGAAGGACCAUUCAAAGACUGUCAGCAAGCCAAAGAGGCUGGACAUCCGGUCAGUGGGAUUUAUAUGAUUAAACCUGAAAACAGCAACGGAGCAAUGCAGUUAUGGUGUGAGAACAGUUUGGAACCCGGGGGUUGGACCAUCAUUCAGAAAAGAACAGACGGCUCUGUCAACUUCUUCAGAAACUGGGAAAACUAUAAGAAAGGGUUUGGGAACAUUGAUGGAGAAUACUGGCUUGGACUGGAAAAUAUCUAUAUGCUUAGCAAUCAAGAUAAUUACAAGCUGCUGAUUGAAUUAGAAGAUUGGAGUGAUAAAAAAGUCUAUGCAGAAUACAGCAGCUUUCGCCUGGAACCUGAAAGUGAAUUCUAUAGACUGCGUCUGGGCACUUACCAGGGCAAUGCAGGGGAUUCUCUGAUGUGGCACAAUGGCAAACAGUUCACAACACUGGACAGAGAUAAAGACAUGUAUACAGGCAACUGCGCCCACUUUCAUAAAGGAGGCUGGUGGUACAAUGCUUGUGCCCAUUCUAACUUAAACGGCGUGUGGUACAGAGGCGGCCACUACAGAAGCAAGCACCAAGACGGGAUUUUCUGGGCCGAAUACAGAGGCGGGUCCUAUUCCUUGAGAGCAGUGCGGAUGAUGAUCAAGCCCAUUGACUAAAGAGACAGUCUUCCAAUUUGACCUGGAACUGCACUUUCCAGUUCUUAGAAAUGUAAAUGUUACAUGUAUAUUAUUGCCUGCAAUUUGACAGAUAGUUUUUAAAAUGGAUUUCACUGUAACUAUAAAAGGGAUGUAUAAAUGCUGCUUCCUCUUCCUUCAAUACCCUGCGGAAGAUUAUUUGUUUCUACAUCCUAGUAAUUUUGGAAACUUUAUCAACAGGUAAAGCUUGUUUCUAGAAUGUAAAUAUCUGCGACAAUGUAAAACAAGUAUUAGUUUUAUUUUAAAUCAAAAUGGAAUACAUGGCUCUUGGUACUUAACAACUUAUUUAAAAGCGUUUUAAGAUUGUCUGAAUUUUCAGGGGGAAAAAUAAUUUUUAAGAGUUCAACCAACCAGUAUAUUUUAUUUAUAAAUAUCUAGACAGGAAAUUAGAGAGAAAACUCCAAUUUUGCCAGUAGAAAAUACAUUUUGCAUUGAAUAAAAGUUAUUUCCAAUUGAA